AUGGAGCGACACCGCAAGCCUGACGUCUAUCAGAUGGAGGUGGUCAUCUUUGGCGCGAAGUCAUCACCGGCAACGGCCAACUACGUGCUGAGAAAAGCACUUCUGGACCAUGGAGCGGAGACAGACAAGGUUCUCAGCAGAAGUCCCGAGCAACUGGCAAAGUCGCUCUACAUGGACGAUUGCCUGUUCUCUUGCAUGACGGAGGACGCCGCCAAACAGCUGUACGCUGACGUGAAGGAGGCACUGGAGAGAGGAGGUUUUCACCUCACGAAGUGGAGAAGCAGUUCCCCCGCUGUGCUGAAAGGCGUUCCAGAGAGUGAGAAAGCCAGCGCCUCUGCGAGCCUAUGUCUCAGGAGCUCGCACACCGCUGAAAAGACGCUGGGCAUCGCAUGGGAGGAAGACGAGGACACAUUGGGCUUUCGUCUCCAAGCCAAAGAAGUGAGUGCAACCAAGCGUGGUGUGCUCAGCAAAGUGUCAACAAUCUUUGACCCUCUGGGGAUUGCUGCUCCUGUUACCGUGAGAGCAAAGAUGAUGAUGCAGCGACUCUGGUGGAAACAUCUGGAGUGGGACGAGCCACUACCCGAACCUGAGCUGAGCCAAUGGUUGGAGUGGCUGAGUGAAGCAGAGAAGCUGAACGAAGUCGUGAUGCAACGCUGCGUGAACCCCAGCGGCCCAGGGACACUGCGACGCCAACUUCAUGUGUUCUGCGAUGCGUCAGAGAGUGCGUUCGGCGCUGUGGCAUACUGGAGGACAACUUCGAGCGAUGGGUUACACCACUGUCGCUUCCUGAUCGGCAAGUGCCGAGUCGCUCCACUGAAGCGACUAUCAAUUGUCCGUCUGGAGCUGCAAGCAGCCGUUCUUGGAGCGCGUCUGGUGGCUACCGUCCUCGGUGAGAUCACUCAGCCGCCGGAUGACAUCUUCUGCUGGACGGACAGCAAGGUCGUUCAGCAGUACCUUGGUAAUGAAACCCGACGGUUCAAGACCUUCGUGGCCAACCGACUGGCUGAGAUUCACGAGCUGACCCACAACGCGUGCUGGCUCCACGUUCCUGGGAAGCUCAACCCCGCUGACGACUGUUCCAGAGGGGUUUCGGUGCUCAUGCUCAGUCAGGACGGCAGGUGGCUGACGGGUCCCACCUUCUUGAGGGAGGACGUCAGCCAGUGGCCACCUCAAGAGGAGCUAGUCCAGCUGGCACAGGAUGAAGAGAUGCGGGACGCGCUGGACGAGGACGGCCUGGUCAGAGUCGGGGGACGCAUCGGCAAGGCAUGCAUCUCGGAGGAAGCCAAACACCCAAUCAUCCUUCCACGGCAAAGGCCGCCCCUGUGCCACCGCGGAUGGCUGAUCUCCCUCGGGAGAGACUCGAAGCUGGACGGCCAUUUCGAAACGCUGGUGUCGACUUCUUCGGGCCGCUGCAUGUGA